GACCCAAUGCGAAAGUGAAACCGUUAGAAAAAGAUUACUUCUUGUCAGACACUUACAGAGGACUAAACUAAAAUGAACCGCUAUGUUCGGAAGCAUGGUGAUUUGUUAGGAUCCCACGUCAACCACAUGGGUGAUGAUCCUUGUAACGUCCAUAGUCCACUGUUCAUCUCCUGCAUGCUCUGUUCACGUAGAGGAGAAGUAAUGUAGCUGAGAAACACAUGGCAACUCUGAAAACCACAAGGGCUUCUCUCCCUUUCCUAUCCAACUAAUUACUUUCGCCCACUUUCCGGUGCCUCUUCCUCCUCUCCUUCACUUGUCAUCUGGGUUCUGGUUGAUUGGCUCCCUCUCCCUUCUCUCAUUUUGUUUCAGAUUUCAGCCUUCCCCUUUGUUCCUUUCUUUCCUCUGUUUCGCCUUUGUUGUGUUAUGCAAAACCAGAUAAAGUACAUUUCAAGGCAAUGUGGUCGGCUGGUCUCACUGAAAACCUUACGGACGAUCACACCGACGUCGUCUCCAUAUCGGUCUUCGUUGCUGUGCUCUCUCUCUGCAUCGUCAUCGGCCACUUGCUGAAGAAAAAACGAUGGCUCAACGAGUCCAUUACUGCUAUUUUGAUUGGAUGCAUUACUGGAACCAUAAUCUUACUUUGGAGCAAGGGUUCAGAUUCUCACAUCGUGAGAUUUGAUGAAGAAUUAUUCUUCAUAUAUCUUCUUCCACCCAUAAUCUUCAAUGCUGGUUUUCAGGUUAAGAAGAAGAAGUUCUUCCGUAACUUUCUAACUAUUAUGAUGUUUGGAGUGGUUGGCGUUUUUAUUUCUUCAGCCAUCAUUUCAACUGGCUGCUGGUGGCUGUUUCCAAAAAUCGGUUUUGCUGGCCUCAUUGCACGGGAGUAUCUCGCAAUGGGGACAAUAUUCUCAUCAACUGAUACUGUCUGUACGCUACAGGUCUUGAAUCAAGAUGAGACUCCUCUCCUUCAUAGCCUAGUUUUCGGGGAAGGAGUGGUCAAUGAUGCAACAUCAGUUGUUCUCUUCAAUGCAGUCCAGAAACUAGAUGUUUCUACAUUUGAUGGUUGGGCAGCACUUCAUGUCUUCAGGGACUUCCUCUACCUAUUUUCAACAAGCACUGUUCUUGGAGUUGCUGCUGGCUUAUUGACUGCUUAUGCUAUCAAAUCCUUAUACUUUGAUAGUCAUUCAACUGAUCGUGAAAUUGCCCUUAUGGUUCUAAUGGCUUAUCUGUCCUAUAUGCUUUCUGAGCUGCUACAUCUUAGUGGUAUUCUUACAGUCUUCUUUUGCGGGAUUUUGAUGUCACAUUAUACAUGGCAUAAUCUGACUGAAAAUUCAAGAAUCACAACCAGGCAUACAUUUGCAACAAUGUCCUUCAUUGCAGAAACAUUCAUCUUUCUAUAUGUGGGAAUGGAUUCUCUUGACAUUGAGAAAUGGAAAAUGAGCAAGACAAGCUUCAAAACCUCACUGGGAAUCUGUAGUACCACACUCUUGCUAAUAUUGCUUGGACGUGCUGCAUUUGUGUUUCCUCUGUCUGCUUUAUCCAAUUAUAUGAAUAAAAAUGCCGAGAGAAGACCAAUUACAUUCAAACACCAGAUUUUAAUUUGGUGGGCUGGGCUUAUGAGAGGAGCUGUCUCUAUUGCUCUGGCUUUCAAUCAGUUCACACUCUCAGGCAUUUCAUGGAAUCCAGUUGAUGCUACAAUGGUUAACAGCACUGUCAUUGUUGUACUCUUCACUACGCUGCUCUUUGGAUUUUUGACAAAGCCACUCAUAAAUGUACUCCUUCCUCAUCAAGCAAGGGACAACCACCACAAUCGAGACCCAAAUUCCCCCAAGGAAGAGUUCAAGCUUCCGUUGCUCAACUUUGAAGAAUCUGCCACAUCCAAUAUUCUCCGUGCAAAGAAUAGCCUAUCCAUGUUAAUAGAAAGGCCUGUAUACAUCAUACACUCAUAUUGGAGGAAGUUCGACGAUGCCUACAUGAGACCGGUAUUCGGUGGACCAAGCUGAUAGAAGGCAUGUCUCUUUAAGCAGUGAACUCUGUAGAAUUCUCAGAACCAAGUGAAAUCCAUUGUCAAUUUUGUGAAACAUAUAACAUUAGUCCAUUUUACUUUUGAAUCUCUAUCCCUUUCUUUGUUGGACUCUGUAUAAUUCUUUCAGAACCAAGUGAAAUCCAUAUUCAAUUUUUAAAUAAACAUACAGCAUUGAUCCA